AAAGUCAUAACAAAAAAAAUAUAUAAACAUAAACAAAAAUGUAUAAUUUGUUGAUUAUUUACUUAUUUAUUUAUUUAUAAAUUUUAAUUAAUAUUUAAUUAAAAACUAUUUUAUAUAUAUAAUGGAUAAUUUGUUAGAAUGUAGGACUUGCUUAGGAAUGAUUCCUAGGAAUGAGACAGUACAUGUUGAAACGGAAAUUAUGGAGGAAAAAAGUGUUUUACAAGCCAUAAAAGAUAUCGCAUCCCUUGAGGUAACUGAAACCGACACUUUUCCCAAUCAGAUCUGCCAGAUAUGCUAUCAAACCCUAGAAUCAGCACUCGUUUUUCGUAUACAAAUAAUAACUUCAAACAUAGAACUUGGAAAAAGAAACCAGAUUGGAGUUUUUAAUGAUUCCGAAAUAAUCAUUAAAGAAUCUAAAGAAAUUAUUGUAAAUAAUGGCAACACGAAUCACAUACCAGAUCUUGAUUCAGAAGUAAAGGAUGAAAGUGAAAAAAUAAUAAACAAUGUUGACAAAAGUGAAGAGAGUGGAAGUGAUUGGAAUAUUAAUAAUGAUGAUGAUAUUUCAUCAGAUGAAAAUGACAAACCAAAACGCAGAAAAAGAAAAUCUUUUAGACAAUCAAUUAAAGAAGAAUCUGAAUCUGAUACUUCAACGUCUAGCGAUAGCGAUUCGGAUAUUCCUUUAGACGAGUUACGGAAAGAAAUGAAAUCGGAAUCAAAAGCGGGGAAAAAGUAUGAAAAACCUGACAACGCCGAUGGUCCUAGGCUGUGUCCAAUUUGCGGUAAACUAUUCAAGGCACGACAAAACUUUAACUCACACAUGACGACGGUGCACAGGAAGAAACUGAAAAAACCGGACAAGAUGAGCUUUUUAUGUCCGGAUUGCGGCCGGGUGAUUUCAGGCACUCGACAAAAUUUCGUAGCGCACAGAAGAUAUCACCAUUCAGAUAAAGCCCAAGUUAAAAAGCGAUUCACCUGCGACAUUUGCCCCAAGAAGUUUUACAUGGAAAAAAAUUUAAUAAUCCAUCAAAGAAUCCACAAAGGCGAAAAAGGCUACAUUUGCGAAAUUUGCCCGGAUAAAUCCUACACACAAAUAGGAGGUUUAAUAUUGCACAUGCGUAAAGUGCACUUGAAAAAGCCCACGUGCACGUGUAAUUACUGCGGCAAGCAAUUUUACGAAAAACAUUAUUUGGAAACUCAUAUCAGACAGUGGCAUACGGGCGAAAGACCGUUUUCCUGUGAAAUUUGCGGCAAAGCCUUCAGUUGUAAUGGCACUUUGUUGAGGCAUAGGAAAGAUAGUCACGGUGAGAAACGUCCCUGUCCCAAGUGUGGAAAAAUGUACACCGAAGGUGAACUUAGGAAACAUUUGAAAAGGCAUAAAAUUCGCGAGGAGGGCAUUAAAAGGAAAAAGUACACUUGCGAAUAUUGCGGUACCGAAAUGAAUUUUACUUCUAGGAAGAGGCAUUUGUUGAAGCAACACGGAAUCAUGUUGAGAGGUCGUGGAGAGACUGCCGAACGAGUGCCAAUUUCACGCGCUGAUGCAAUGUGAAGAUUCAAUUUUUUAAAAGUCUGAUCAAUUACAUAUUGUGCAUUUUUGAAGCUUUCAGUAUAUUUUUAAGUAUUUUAUCUUUAUCGUAGCCUAAUAGAAACAAAGAAGGAGGCACAAUUCACAUUGAAAAUAGGCCCUCGUAAAUUUCAACCAAAUUUUAAUAUUUUAAUGGUAUCAUCAUUGCAAGAAAACAUUUGAAAUGUAAAGAGGAUCGUAUGUCUGUGAUAGCAGAUAUAGCUCAUCAAAGUACGUAGGUCCUGCUAUGCUAUGCAUAGGAAAUAUCCAAGGAAAUAUCGCUACGUAGAUUUUCUUGGAUAUCUCGAAAAAUACUAAUCUAGUUAGGGAGACGACCGCAUUUUUCCUACCCCGAUCGAGUUAUGCGUCGACACUAUUAUCAAUAUAUAGUAUUAUGUGCAUCUAUUAACCAGUAUUCCUGCCUGAGAGCAAAUGCUGCCGAAAAUAUCUUUUAACAAAUUAUUAACAAAUUGAAAAAAACGUAACACUACCCCCAUCGAGUUAUGCCCUAAGUCGAUCCUGCCUCGUGAGAACUUGCCGGAAGAGGCCGUCCUGCCACCGUUUUCGGGCAAGUUCUCACGAGGCAGGAUCGACUUUUUGGAUAGGGGGCAUCGAGACCUUCAAUCUGAUACCCUACUUAGGGCAUAACUCGAUGGGGGUAGUGUUACGUUUUUUUCAAUUUGUUAAUAAUUUGUUAAAAGAUAUUUCCGGCAGCAUUUGCUCUCAGGCAGGAAUACUGGUUAAUAGAUGCACAUAAUACUAUAUAUUGAUAAUAGUGUCGACACAUAACUCGAUCGGGGUAGGAAAAAUGCGGUCGUCUCCCAGACUAAUCCUAUUUUGACCUUUUUGGAGUUUGAUACCUGCAAAAGGACCCCAAAAACUUCAAAAUCGGAUUAGUAUUUUUCCAGAUAUUUAAGAAAAUCUACGUAGGCAUAUUUCCUCGGAUAUUUCCUAUCCAUAGCAUAGCAGGACCUACGUACUUUGAUGAGAUGUAUCUGCUAUCACAGACAUGAUCCUCUUUACAUUUUAAAUUUGUUUUUGCAAUGAUAUUAGAAUUUGGUUGAAAUUUACGGGGGCCUAUUUUCAAUGGUAAUUGUGCCUCCUUCUUUAUACACUAUUUAUUAUUUAUUUUU